AUGUCUUUUAAUUCCAGAUCAAAGGAAUUCAUUGUAAACAACGAAGAAUCUAGUUCUAAUGCAGAAGAGAAUACAUCAAAAUUCUAUUCUGUAGAUCGAAUAUUAAAAUGUCGAUUCAGAAAUAAUAAGAUAGAAUACUUACUUAAGUGGACUGGCUACUCUCGAAGAUACAAUUCUUGGGAACCCAUAGACUAUCUUAAUUGUGACAAAUUAAUUAAAGAUUUCAAAGAUUCUGAAGCAAAAAAGAAAAUAGAAGAAUAA